UUCGGCCGGUCGACUCGCUCAGUCACGCGCGUACGCUCAUGUACGAGAGCCACGCGUCCACUCACAACCGCCCACUUCCCUUAUCCUCUCUCACGGGUGCUGCUGGCCACACAAUCAAUCCACAUCCAUCUUUUUCUUCCACCUCCUGUGACGCCGCUGCUCCCACCGCUCCACCUCUUAUUACUCGGCUGUCAUUUGGUGUGCCACCGCCGCGAGCGUUGCCGUGGAGCCGAAGCGGCCACCAGCAGAUCAGCAGCCGUGCCUGCUACUUCGGAGGUCCUCACUUUUUUGCUGCAAUCGGUUUGUGGGAAGCUGCAACCGGCCGUCUAGGAGCUGCAACCGGCGACGGCCACCUGCGGGAUGCGGUGGCGCUGGAAACGGUGACAUCAGGGAUGUUGGAACCCGUGGUGUUUUUUGCUGCUACCAGCUGUAAUUUUUGCUCGAACUGGCUCGGCGAAGAUUAGCCGCGGGCGGGGGUGGCCGGCAAGCACGGGCGGCGCGGGGGUGGCCGGCAAGCAUGGGCGCGAGCGCGGGGGUGGCCGGCAAACAUGGGCACGAGCACGGACGGCGCGAGUGUGGCCGGCGAGCAUGGGCGCGAGCACGGACGGCGCGAGGGUGGGCGAGCACAGGCGCGGAUGCGGACGGCGCGAGGGUGGGCGAGCACAGGCGCGGAUGCGGACGGCGCGAGGAUGGCCGGGGAGCACGGGUUCGAGCGCGGGCGGCGCAGGGUGGCCGGCAAGCAUUGAUUGCGCGAGACAGGCGGCGAGCAUGGAGAUCUCCCUUUUUUCUUUUUUCUUCACGCGUGUG